AUGGCCUCGCCGGGACUGGCCGGCAACAAGAUGGUCACCCCAGGAAACCACAGUUCGUGGCACGAGAUGGUGCAAUUGGCGGGAAAUCUCAUAAUGAGACAAAUGUCGAGUGCUGAUCCUCACGACACGUGGAUGCGCGAGCCUCUGUCCAAAGAUGUCUUCAAGAGGCCGCCAACUUUCCACCACGGCAAAGCGCCGAAGUGGACCGAGUCACAGGUUGCGAAAGAGCCUACGCCUACUACACCUUUGCCCUCCAGCCUGGGUAAAGAUCAAAAGCCCGCAGCGUCAUGGGCUCGAAGCGGGGUCAGGCACGAAGCCAACACGGCCCGGGUUCUGACUUACGAUCAUGGAGAUAUGACACCAGACAGGAAUUUGAAAACCAUGGCGGACGACCUCCUGUCCUCAAUAUGCACAGAGACGGCAGGAAAAAUCGCGAGGAGGCCAUUGUUCUUCAUCUGCCACAGCAUAGGUGGCCUGGUGGUGAAGUUGGCCUUGACGCAAGCCAGCCGCAGUUCCAAAUAUCGCCCCAUCCUUGAGGACUGCUACGGCAUUACUUUCUUCGCUACCCCCCACCGAGGAUCCAGCUAUCUAUCUAUCAUCGACUUUGGCAUGUGCAUCCAGCAGCUACUCCACCUGUCUCAGCCGCUGACGCCCAAGUUGAGAGGCGAAUUGAAGCUAGACCACCCACCGCUUCUGAAGAUAGACGAUGACUUCAAACAGCUGUCCAGUGAGUUCCGGGUGUGGAGCUUCCAUGAGACAGAAGAUUCAAGCCUGUCAAGGAUCGGGUUCGCUGGACCAACAGACAUACCAUUCAAAGCCCCUGUCACAUCGAUGCGAUCAGCGAUCCUCGGAGUCAGACAUGAGAAGGUCUACGCAUUGCAAAGCACCCACGCAAAUUGCGCCUCGUUUGGCAUGAAGAACGCGCAGACUCUGAGGCUGUACCUGUCAGAUCUAGGCGCUGCAAUCCAAAACGCAGAACAACUGAACCAAAGCACACCCCAUGUACCUCUGAGGUUAGAGCAGAAGGUCACUAUUGAGGUUCACGGAUUUUACGAAAGUGGGUCGAUACAUGAGUCUCCAGGUGAGACUAGUAUCCGGCUUUUCUCAACCAAGGAUCAUUCACUGGAGGCAUUCUGGGAUGAGGGCCCAGACAGACUGCUGGAGAAAAGGCUCAAUGAUAUUCGAUCGGAGUCGCAAAAUGACCCCCAGGACACCCAAUUCUUCGGUCAAAAAGUGUGGGUGAAGAAGGUUUUCGACACGAUAUCGUUGGAGGAGAGACAGGACUACUCUGAGCUGUUCUCCUCAGAACACUGGACUUCCAGGCAUGAGAGGGGCCGCCACGCUCAACAUCACGCUUGCUUCCUGAGGCCGGCUUGCGGACCAGUGCCUUCUGAGGUUGCCAAGGAGACGUCCCUUGAAUCGAGAGUCAUAUGGGAGUAUCUGGGACACGACCCACCAUUUAACUGCCGGCGAACCCUCGACCAGUACCGCUACCCUUCUCUGCACGAUACACGAGCUAGAGAUGAUGAUCAGAUGUUGUACAAGAUGACUAAGGAGAGGGUCUAUCUGAACGGCAAGCCAACUGUCGCUUCUCUUGGCCCCGCAUUGAGAGGCGAGGAAAGGACUCCCACACACUAUGAUCGAGGGGACGCCGCUGGUUUCGGAGACGACGAUGAAGAUCAGGAACAUUUGGAUUCAGAGAGUGAAAGCAAUGAGGACGAGUUUGAUGCUAAGCCAGAAGACGACGUUCUGGAUGGCAACGUUCUGAUGGUGGAUCAGUUGUGGUUGUGGGCAGCAGACUCCAAAACACUGGUUACGUUCUUUCCAUCCAGGGAAGGUAACCCAAUGGAGGGUCCGUUGCAUCAGCAAGCAGACCUCCGUGACAGCGUGUUCAACGAAAUCAACGACGAUCUCACCCGACCGUGUGAAAACGCCCUCGACCUGGCUGCGCUGACGGUUCUUCAUGCGGUAACAGCUCUCAUAGAGCGUUCGUCGCACCCAGAUCUAGAAAUAUUUCGGAUUUUCGAAGAAGCGAUCAGCGUUCUGACCGAGAAGAUGACAUCUUCGCUGAAGCGAUUUCGCACGACAGGUUUCAGAAACAGAAACGGAGAAGACGAUGAGUUGAAGCUAAACUCGUCUUCCAUACGCGCACGGCACAAGAGAGAAGACGAAAAGGCAGAAAAGGAGAACCGCGACAACACGUCAGCCCUCCUAGAGCUCCGAGACAUCGAAGAUGAGCUAUCCACACUCAACCAUUUGUUCGGAGAGCAAGAGGAGCAGAUAAAUCAGAUGAUGGCCAUCUACAGCGGUAGCAGCACAUUCAGCUCUCCGCCCACCAGCCCACCUCCACCGGCCUCUGCCUGGGGCCAACCAAUCAACAGUCCCCCGGAGAACAACAGCACCGGCACUCUCCCCCUGUACAUGUCCCCUCUCACCACCAACGGGAGGUUCUUCCUGCAGGAAGCCCUAAGCAGACUCAAGUCCUACCGCGCACAGUCCAAGGACAUGAUCGAGCGCGUGAAGACGACCCGGCAAGACUUCGACAAGCUCCUCGAGACGGUGCAGCGGCAGGCGCAGAUCGACGAGGUGCGGCUCUCCCGGCAGCAGGCGGACCUGGCCAGCGCGCAGAACCGCUCCGUCAUGAUCUUCACCGUCUUCACCGUCAUCUUCCUCCCGCUGUCCUUCUUCACCUCCCUCUUCGGCAUGAACACGCGCGAGUGGGGCGGCGGCAACAACACCCCCCUGCGCACGAUCGGGUCGAUCGCGCUCCCCGCGUCGGCGCUGCUGGUGGUCAGCGCCUUGUUUGUUGCGUGGAGCACGUCCGUGCGGAAGGCGUUCAAGUCGCUAAGCAAGAGGGUGCGGCGGGCUAAGAACCGCGCCAGGCGGUGGUGGAAGAGGCAGCUGGCGGCGCUGUGGAAGAGGAAUGACGACAGGCCGCGCACGAGGCUCGGUAUGCGCAAGAUGCGUCGGAAGCGGGAGGCGAUGGAGGUGAAGAGGCAGAAGAACAGGAUGAAGCGCGAGAUGACGAUGCACGACUUUUGGGAGCGCCACCAGCUGGACAGGGAGACCAAGUACGAAAUUCCAUCGAGAAAUCGGAAGAGCAUCAGUCUAGCCCGGGCAAAGGCCAAGGCUAGGAAAGAAGAAAAGGAGCGGAGGGGAUGA